AAAGGUCAUGAAAUUGCAUGAAAUGUAUCUCUUGUAAAUGCUGUUAACAUCAAUGUCAGUUUUAAAAUUGAAAUAGGAGUGCUACAGAUGUGACAAUGAAUAAGCAAUUAAACUAAAUAUCGCUAGGACAAUGUUUUUAUUUGCGCGCAAGUCAUUCAAUUUGAGGGCAAACUUUGCCCAAAAAUUGAGGAAUGGUGGACUGGAGUUGUGUACAAAAUGCACUGUUUCAAGUGCAUCCAUGAAGAUGACCCCAACCAUGUUCUUUCAAAAUCAACAUAGCAACAUUAAAUCAGCCUUUGCAGGACCAGUAAGGUCAGAGAUGUUUGGCAAGCACCCUGUCAGACAACACUGGCCAGAUAUUUAUGAUCGCAGUAACGCCCAUGGAAAUUUGGGCAACCCAAGAGUUAUAAACGCUUUAUUUCAUUAUCCGUCUGUGUCUACAGUGACACUUUCCAACAACCUUUGUGAUAGUUUGAAAAAUAGAUGUUAUUUGAAAGAGAAACAGUCUUCUAAAACUGAGAAAGCACCAUCUAUUGAACACUCAACAAUGAUUCAAAGACAGUGCAGAAACAUUGGGAAUUAUAUUCUCCAAAAGGUGUCUUCGCCUUUGUCGAACGGAAGUCUUUGCUCAGAAAACAAGUUCAAUUGGCCAAUGAACUGCUGCUGCAGCCAUCAACAGCAUGUAUGUCAAAUAAGUACUACCAGCAGCCAUUCACACGUUAAUCCAUCUCCAGAGAAGAGCCCACAGGAUGAGAACAAAGGAGAUGAACCGGAAGAAGAAGUCUUGAAAACCAAAAAGAAAAUAUGGGAACAAAAUAUAUGGACAAUACCAAAUUUCUUAACAGUAUCAAGGAUAUGUCUGACGCCCUACUUAGGCUAUCUAGUAGUCAAGCAAGAGUUUGCUUUAGCUGGAGGGCUUUUCAUAUUUGCUGGGUUUACAGAUAUGCUUGAUGGCCACAUAGCUCGUACUUGGCCGAACCAAAUGUCUGCCUUUGGAUCAGCCCUGGACCCUUUAGCUGAUAAGAUUCUUAUCAGUACUCUAUACAUAACACUGUCUGUGGUAGAUCUCAUUCCCAUGCCAUUGACAGUGUUGAUCUUUGCCAGAGAUGUUUGCCUUAUUGGUGCUGCCUUCUAUGUGAGAUACCUAUCACUGCCUCCUCCAUUAACACUAACGAGAUUCUUUGAUGGAACAAAUGUGACAAUGCAAUUGAAGCCAACAACCAUAAGUAAGGUGAACACUGCCAUCCAGUUUGGUUUAGUAUGUGCCACACUGGCAGCCCCAGUCUUCAAUUAUGUGGACCAUACCUUAUUACAUGCCCUGUGGUACAUAACAGCAGGGACAACUAUUUGGUCGGGCCUUGGUUACGUUUUCCGAAAAGAUACGUACGAGAUCUACAAAACAACACAAGAGGCAAAGACAAAGUACAAAUGACGAGUGGGCAUGAACAGACAUGUGAUGCAGUACUUCGAAUUCCCUUAGGAAUGGACUUGUCAGAUGGGUGCAUUUAGGAUGAAUCUAUUAUGGCUUCCAAACUUAUGUCAUUUUCUUUGAUAAUUAUUGGACUUGGAGAUAAGAACUGCUCGAUGCAGCUGCAUUCAUUCUUUCGCUUGGAUUUAUAUUCCAACUCCUUCUUCUUCCGAGUCCCUUUGCAGCUUGGAGGUGAUGUUCUCCAGAGAGUAUUCUGCCUCAAGGGUAAAUUUUUUAUUUUUCUAAGGAAAGGGCUCAAGUUGCCGGUACUUCCAUCCAGGACUAUUACUAAGAAUUGUUAUUUAGUAUUUUCAUGUGCUUAGAAUGUUUGAUACCAGGCCAGUACCAAUGAUCAGGUAUCUGAUAUCAUGAAGGUGAUGGAGACUUUUGUAAGAGAUAAUAAUCAUGUUAAGUCAA